AUGGCAGAGGAGGUCGCCAAAGCUCGGGCUGCUCCACCUGUUGGAGACAUGAUCUCCAGGAAGAUCAUUUACAAGGAAAUACCAGCCAAGGUCAUUUUUGAGGAUGACCAGUGUCUUGCCUUUCAUGACAUUUCCCCUCGAGCACCAACACAUUUUCUGGUGAUACCCAAGACGCAUGUAUCCCAGAUUUCUGUAGCAGAGGAUGAUGACAAGAGUCUUCUUGGUUAUUUAAUGAUUGUUGGCAAGAAAGGUGCUGUUGAUCUGGGCCUGAAGAAGGGUUAUCAAAUGGUAGUGAAUGAAGGCUCAGAUGAGGGACAGUCUGUUUAUCAUGUUCACCUCCAUGUUCCUGGAGUCGGCUGGUGAAUUGGCCUCCUGGUUAAGCAUGUUUUAAGGAUAAUUUUCCUUACUCUAGGCAAUGAUCAGUUUUGCAAGUUAAACAGUACACUUUAUUUUUGCCUGUGUAUAAAGAGAUUGAGGAAAUAAUUUCUAAAAGAUGUUGCAUGUUUUGGGAAAAAAUGAAUGCUGUAAUGUAAUAAUAAAUGCAAAGGGGUGGGAAAAUCAUAGUACUGUAAUAGUUUUAGUUAUACCUUCAUCAAAGGGUGUAAUCCAGCUUUGACUGCUUCAUUUGCAGUUAGAAAGAAUUUAAAAUGACAACAGCAAAAGUGAUUAAACAGAGAGAAAAACAAAUCCCUAUAGGAAAGAUUAAGUCUCCUGGAGAAAAAACUUCCACUAUAGUGCUAUAUUUUAGUUAAACAGUGCCACACACUAUGCUAACUGUGGUGAGGGGAACAAAGGAAGUAAAAUACAGACACCCGUGCUUAGGAAAGAUUACAAUACUGUUGAGGGAUACAAUAUUAUUAAUGAAAUGCAUAUAGAUGAUCAACAGCAUAUUUUUAAAUCAACUGAAUAUGAUCCAAGUUUUAUUAAUUUCAUCCUAUUCUCUUCACCAUGUUUAAUUAGUGACAGCAAUGAUAUCACAUACUAGUUUAGUUGUUUUUAAUUUUCAAGAUACUUUCAUAGUAAGUGAUCCUCACAACUACAAGGGAGAAAUUAUGUCCCCAUCAUUAAGAACUCCUUUCAGGUAAGUUCCCUUUCCUUAGCUCAUCAAUGUCUUUAAUAAAGUAGUUCUUCAAUUCUGAUCAUUACAAUCACCUGCAAAGGUU